AUGGAUCCGUGCUUUUGCCUGAAGGGCAUAAGCAGUUGGGUCUAUGUCGCCAAAAGUCCGACGCCGCCCCCUCCACUUCCAAUCGCAGGCCCGGGUGCUCUGAAAUCCACCACUCCGGCUCCUGUGGUACCGCCGAACAUGUUUUGCCGGGCAUUCGGUGCCGGCGCGCCGAAGGGCGACUGCCGGGUCAACAUUCAAGGCGACCUUUUGGUGCUAGGCUGCAAAGAGAGUGGGCGUCCAGUUUGUGCCCGGAUGCUGGCCGGCGCCACGGUCACGGUGCAUGGCACAGACAUCCGAAUCGUUCCUCGGGAGCAGGACCAGCUGAGACUGCAGGUUUGGUGCUCGGCUGAGGCAUUUCGCAUGGCUCGUCAGCUACAUGAUGCAUCGACCCUCUGGACGCGACGGGAGGCCAUCAAGGACGAUGUUCUUCGGAAGGCUGCUUCGCGCAGCACCAUGCGCUCUCACAGCAGCUUGCGCUCCACCAGUGGCGGUGUACAGGAGUCUUGGCAAUCACCACUGGAGGAGGACGAGGAAGUCUUUUUGCGUGCACAGGCCGGAAGCGCUCGGCGACAGCAAGCUUCCACUGUCGAGGAAUACCGUCUGGAUGACUGGAACUCUUGCUGUUCCGCCGGUUCGCUCUUCUCGCCUUCGGUCUCCGACGAGGAGAUGGCCGAAGAAGAGCGCUGGUUCAACAGCGACAGCGAUGUGGACGAGGACGGUGCAAAUACGUCUGCUGAGGAGCAGCAGCUUCCGUCGCACACGGAGUCUGCGCCGUCGCUUCGUGGUGGGCGCCCGCCUUUGCCGCCGCCAAAGCAGGUUUGGCAGGCGUCGUCCGCCCCCGCGCUCCCGCAGGCUGGUGACCGGUUGUCGGACGAGGAGCCAGAAGAGGAGCAGCCAGCUUUUGAGACUGACGAGGCCGACGAGGCCAUGGCAGAGGCAGAAAGAGCACGGCAAGAGGCCGAGGAGGCCAUUCAGCAGGCGCGUUCAGAGCAGCUACGAGCGAUGCUCGAGGUUGAAGAGACCAAGAAGCAGGCGCGUGCUGAGCAAGAGAAAUUUUUCCGGGAGGCCGAAGAGGCCAAGAAGAAGGCUCGUGAAGAGCAUGAGAAGUUCCUCCAAGAGGCCGAAGAGGCCUUGGCUGAGCAAAAGAAGGCUGCGGAGGAAGCCGAGGAAGCCAAGAUCAAGGCUCUCGCAGAACAAGAAAGGUUCCUCCAAGAGGCCGAAGAGGCCAAGAAGAAGGCCUUGGCGGAGCAGCAAAAAGCCACGGAAGAAGCAGAGGAGGCAAAGUCAAAGGCUUUGGCCGAACAGCAGAAGGCGGCAGAGCAGGCCGAAGAAGCCAAGCUCAAGGCGCGUCUCACGGCUCUGGCCCAACAGCAGAAGGCGGCAGAAGAAGCCGAAGAGGCCAAGCUGAAGGCUCGCGCAGAGCAAGAAAAGUUCCUCCAAGAGGCCGAAGAGGCCAAGCAGAAGGCGGCUCUGGCGGAACGACAAAAGGCCGCCCAAGAAGCAGAGGAGGCAAAGUUGAAGGCUUUGGCAGAGCAGCAGAAGGCAGCCGAAGAAGCCGAAGAAGCCAAGCUCAAGGCGCGCGCAGAGCAACAAAGGUUCCUCCAAGAGGCCGAAGAGGCCAAGCAGAAGGCGUAUCCUGGCGAAGCCUUGGCGGAGCAACAAAAAGCCGCCGAAGAGGCGGAGGAAGCAAAGUUAAAGGCACUGGCCGAACAGCAGAAGGCGGCGGAAGAAGCCGAAGAAGCGAAGCUGAAGGCGCGCGAAGAGCAAGAAAGGUUCCUCCGAGAGGCCGAAGAGGCCAAGCAGAAGGCCCUGGCAGAGCAACAAAAAGCCACAGAAGAAGCAGAGGAGGCAAAGUUGAAGGCUUUGGCCGAACAGCAGAAGGCAGCAGACGAAGCUGAAGAGGCCAAGCUCAAGGCGCGCGCAGAGCAAGAAAGGUUUCUCCAAGAGGCCGAAGAGGCCAAACAGAAGGCUCUGGCAGAACAACAAAAGGCAGCUGAAGAAGCAGAAGAGGCAAAGUUGAAGGCUCUUGCCGAACAGCAGAAGGCGGCAGAGGAAGCCGAAGAAGCCAAGCUAAAGGCGCGAGAAGAGCAAGAAAGGUUCCUCCGAGAGGCCGAAGAGGCCAAGCAGAAGGCCCUGGCGGAACAACAAAAGGCCGCGGAAGAAGCGGAGGAGGCAAAGUUGAAGGCCAUGGCCGAACAGCAGAAGGCAGCGGAAGAAGCUGAAGAAGCCAAGCUGAAGGCACGCGAAGAGCAGGAGAGGUUCCUCCAAGAGGCUGAAGAGGCCAAGCAGAAGGCCAUUGCGGAGCAACAGAAAGCUGCUGAGGAAGCGGAGGAAGCAAAGUUGAAGGCUUUGUCAGAACAACAGAAGGCAGCAGAAGAAGCCGAAGAAGCAAAGCUGAAGGCCCGAGAAGAGCGAGAGAAGCUUCUCCAAGAAACCGAAGAGGCCAAGCACCAGGCAAGAGCAGAGCAAGAGAAGCUUCUCCAAGAAACCGAAGAGGCCAAGCACAAGGCCGCAGAAGAAGCAGAGGCAGCAAAGCUGAAGGCAAGCACGCCGGCUCUCCUCUCACGAUGCGACUCCGAGGAGCUCGAUGCGUCGCAGUGGCCCAAAGGUCUUAGACACCGGGAGGCUUCGCAAAGCAAGAUGGAGUCGUCUCCUUUCAAGGACAAGGACCUUCAGAGGAAGCUGAGUUUGAGGCGGGCAAUCAGUGAGGGCAUUCCGCUUUCCGAAGCAGAAGAGGUCAUCGUGCAUCGACAUGGGACGCGCUUUCCCACGAAGCCCUCUGGUCCUGGAAAUCUCGGCUGGCCAGUGCGAGCACAAUUCUGGGAGAGCUACAAAGGACAUUUGACUCCUUUGGGCGCAAAGACCCUGACGGACACAGGCGCUGUUCUUCGAAAACGAUACAUAGGACCAGGAGGUCUUUUUGAGCGUGACGAGAAAGUUGACGGCCGCGCCAUCGCCGUGUACACUUCUAACGUCCAGCGGACCCUGCAGAGUGCAUGGUCAUUCCUCUUGGGUUUGGUGCCUGGCGCUUCCAUCUUCUUUGCUUUCCGAUCGGAGCGGGUCUUCGCCCAGGCGCUGAAGCAGGCAGUCGGUGUUCCGAUCUAUGUCGAGGAUGCAACCGAGGGUGACGACCGUCUUUUCCACGAGUGGAAGCUGAACAAGGAGGCAUACAAGAAGUGGAAGAAGGAGAACUUGAAGAAGUCUGUCUUCUUUCAAGAAGCCAAGGACUCGCCCGAGUACAUGGAGCUGCUAGAUCGGCUCUACGAGCGGCUGCAGGAGCCGAAGCUAGCACCAGGAGGAGACGCCCUUGACAGGCUUACAGCCGCCAAAGAUGUGGACACACAAGUGAUGAUUGAAGAGUCCCACAACCGCCCCAUCCUUCCCAACGAGUUUGGUGAGGAGCUGUCAGAAGAGGAGCAGCAAAUGCUUCGACGCAUCGGCGAUGAGUUGAAGAGGUGCUGGUUCGGUGAUGCCAACGGCGAGUACAGCCAGUCGUACGGCAAGCAAGCCGCAGGCUAUUUGGCACACAAGAUAUGGCGCCAUCUCGACGAACGUGCCCGAGGUCUUUGCCAUCAGCGCUUCGUGCAGUUCAGCUGCCACGAUACUACCAUGUGCGCACUCGCAGCGCACUAUGGCAUCGAGCUGGACAAAAUUGGCUUCGGUGCUUUCUUCACUCUCGAGCUGCACGAGGAGAGUGAUGGCACGCACUGUGUCAAGUUUUACUACAACCGGGAGCCCGAUUCCGGCGCAGUGUCUUUCCAAGAUCUCCAGAGUUUGGUCCUCCCGCUCGGCCGGGAGACGACGCUGCGCAAAGUCCAGGACUGCGCUGUGGGGAACAUCGCAUUGGCAGAGCUGGAGAGCCACAGCCGCAUCGAUGGCCUGGAGGAGACCUUUGAGGCCUUCGUGAAGCUUUUGGGCAGAGCCGAUCUGGGCCCUACCCGGAAGGACCUUCAGUUUCUGCUGCGCGACGACAAGCACGGCUGGCACACGUUUGACGAGUGGAAGGAGCUGUAUCGAGAUGCCUUCGAGACCUUUGAUCAAAACAAGGAUGGAAUGCUCUGCAAGACCGAGAUGCAGGACGCCUUCUUCGCUUGGUACGGCGUGCGUGGCAAGAUUACAGACCUCAUCUUCCACCUCGUGGAUCGGGAGCCGGAGACGGAUGCGCUGUCGCAGGAGGAUGUCUACCUGGCCAUGUGCGCUCUCGUGGGCGUGCGCGGCUCCAUCUCAUCGAAGACGACCGGCGAGGGCCAAACUGGCUUGGUGCCCGACGCAGUUCUCGACGAGGAUCCCAACGCUCGAAGCGCUGGAGGCAUUACGAAGCUCAUGUCGGCAUCGAACGCAGGAGACGUGAACGUGAUGCGUGCACUGCUGGAGAAGGGCGCCGAUGUCAAUGCCCAGGACGACUACGGUUGGACCGCACUGAGAUAUGCUGUCCGAAAACGAGCUACCGAAGCUGUAGAAGUGCUGAUUGACGGACGUGCAGAUGUGAAUAUGGCGUCUGAUUCCGGGAGGUCGCCGCUGAUGUCGGCAGUGGCAAAUGGCUCGCCGAACAUUGUGCAGAUGCUGGUUGAGAGCGGCGCGGAUCUCGAAUUUCGCAAUGGUGAUGGCCUCACAGCCCAUGACAUCGCCUCCCGUGGGGGUGGUAUGGGGAGCUCUGUGAUACGAGGCCUCGUGGACCCCAAGCGGCUACAGACCGUGCCCGCCUGA